UACUCGAGCUUACCAUAUCGCUCCCUCAUACCUCCCUGUUUUUUUCCUCUGUGUUGUGUGUACACACACACUCACACAUGCUCAUGCUCUGCUCAGCUCCAGAGGAUCAGUAGCUUAUAAACUGGCUGCAGUCAGCAGUGAGUCUCUGUGUAAGGAGAGGAAGGAAGGAUAAAUUGCUUCGACUGGAUGGAACAGAACUCAACCAAGCCGUACUGGAUUGAGUCGUAGUGGGGGCUGUUUAUGGGUGAACCAAUGCAGCUUCCCUGUUGGCUUUUACCAGACAGCGCUGGGCUGGAAUAGACUGAAUUAGUUCAGCUAAACUCUUGCUGGGCUCUAUUUCACUGGACUGGGUUGAGUUCGCCUGCAGGCCUGGGGGAGACGGGGCUGGAAUAGACGGAAUUCCCUUUUUUUUUUUUUUUUGCAUCCCGCCCUCCCUCUCUCCUCCUUCCAUCCUCCCCUCAUCUUCUCCGUUGCACUUUCACAGCAGACAUCCAGUGUUGCAGAGCAGACGAAGGCAGCAGCCCUCAGUGCUUCUGUUCAUCUGCUGGCUCCUUGAAAGACGGAAAGAGAGAAAGAGAACAGGGAUUCUUCGUCUUUUUUAUCCCCUGCUUUUGUACAGAGGGAGCUCCUGGUGUGAGGAAUUACCAGCAGAGAUUUUCAGUUGAUCAUCCGGAGGGUUUUUGGAUGUCUUUUUUUUUUUUUUUUUAAACAAAUUCCUACAUUUUGAAGAAAUCGUUGGACUCUAACAGAGAAGAAGAAUACAUUAGCGUGUGUAUUGCCUUAUCUCUGAUAUAUCUUGGCUGGCUUUUCUGUUCAUUCAUCCGGCCGGUGCUGGUGCUGGUGCUGUUGCUGGUGCUGUUGCUGGUGCUGGUGCUGGUGCUGGUGCUGGUGCUUGUGCUGUUGCUGGUGCUGGUGCUGGUGCUGGUGCUGGUGCUGGUUGUGGUGGUGAAGCCGGGGUAGGCAUGGCCCAGCAGGCAGGCAUGGCGGUGACCCACCAGGACACCCUGGCAGUGCCCCCCAUGCCCAAACACUCCGGCCUGAACGAAGACCUGGUGAAGAUCCUGCGGGAGAACCUGCUGCAGCCGGAGAGGCCAAGAGUACACCGGCGAUCGCCCUCCUCCAUCUCCCCCCGCCUCUCUCCCCGCAACUCGCCGCGACUGCUUCGCCGCAUGCUCCUCAACAACAACUGCCACAAACAGAGGCGCUUCACUGUCGCACACACAUGUUUUGAUGUGGACAAUGGCACGUCAUCAGGUCGCAGCCCCCUGGACCCCAUGGCCAGCCCGGGCUCAGGCCUCAUCCUGCAGGCCAAUUUUGUCCACAGCCAACGGAGAGAGUCGUUCCUCUACCGAUCCGACAGUGACUACGACCUCUCGCCCAAGUCCAUGUCCCGAAACUCCUCCAUUGCCAGUGACAUUCAUGGUGACGAUAUGAUUGUAACGCCAUUUGCACAGGUUCUUGCCAGCUUGAGAACUGUACGAAACAACUUUGGUGCAUUAACUAAUCUACAGAUCGACAGAGCAUCCAAUAAGAGAUCACCCAUGUGUAACCCAACGCCAAUCACCAAGCCCAACUUCACAGAGGAGGCCUACCAGAAACUGGCCACUGAGACCCUGGAGGAGCUGGACUGGUGUCUGGACCAGCUGGAGACGCUGCAGACGAGACACUCUGUCAGCGAGAUGGCUUCCAACAAGUUCAAGAGGAUGUUGAACAGGGAGCUGACUCACCUAUCAGAGAUGAGCCGCUCUGGGAACCAGGUGUCUGAGUUCAUCUCCAGCACCUUCCUGGACAAGCAGCAUGAAGUGGAGAUGCCCACCCCUCAGACGCAGAAGGAGAAGGAGAAGAAGAACAAGCCCAUGUCUCAGAUCAGCGGGGUGAAAAAGCUGCAACACUCUACCAGCCUCACAAACUCUAAUAUCCCUCGCUUCGGAGUCAAGACCGAGACCGAGGAUGAACUCGCUAAGGAGCUGGAGCAUGUGAAUAAAUGGGGCCUUAACGUUUUUAAAAUCUCAGAGUUCUCUGGGAAUCGGCCACUGACAGUCAUGAUGUACACGAUAUUCCAGGAGAGAGACAUGUUAAAAACAUUUAAAAUUCCACUUGACACCUUUAUAACCUACCUGAUGACCUUAGAAGACCAUUAUCAUGGCGAUGUGGCCUACCAUAACAACAUUCAUGCUGCUGACGUCACCCAGUCAACCCACGUGCUGCUAUCCACCCCCGCCCUCGAGGCUGUGUUCACAGACCUUGAGAUCCUAGCUGCCAUCUUUGCCAGUGCAAUUCACGACGUGGACCAUCCCGGCGUCUCCAACCAGUUCCUCAUCAACACCAAUUCAGAGCUAGCGUUGAUGUACAAUGACUCGUCGGUGUUGGAGAACCACCAUCUAGCAGUUGGUUUCAAGCUUCUACAAGAGGAGAACUGUGACAUCUUCCAAAACUUGACCAAAAAACAAAGACAAUCACUGCGAAAGAUGGUCAUUGACAUUGUGCUAGCAACAGACAUGUCCAAGCACAUGAAUCUACUGGCUGAUCUGAAAACUAUGGUGGAAACCAAGAAGGUGACCAGCUCUGGUGUCUUGCUGCUGGACAACUACUCUGACAGGAUACAGGUUCUCCAGAACAUGGUGCACUGUGCAGACCUGAGCAACCCCACUAAGCCUCUCCAGCUGUACCGGCAGUGGACGGACCGCAUCAUGGAGGAGUUCUUCAGCCAGGGAGACCGAGAGAGGGAGCGGGGCAUGGAGAUCAGCCCUAUGUGUGACAAACACAACGCCUCGGUAGAAAAGAGCCAGGUUGGUUUCAUAGACUAUAUCGUUCACCCUCUGUGGGAGACGUGGGCUGACUUGGUCCACCCGGACGCCCAGGACAUCCUGGACACGUUGGAAGACAACAGGGAGUGGUACCAAAGCACCAUCCCCCAAAGCCCUUCUCCUACCUUGGAUGACCCCGAGGACGGCACUCGACCCCCAGGAGGGGACAAGUUCCAGUUCGAGCUCACCCUGGAGGAGGACGGGGAGUCGGACACUGAGAAAGAUAGUGGCAGCCAGCCGGAGGAGGAGGACGAGGAGGAGGAGGACGAGGAGGAAGAGGAAGACGAGGAAAACAGCUGUACUGACACUAAAACACUCUGUACGCAGGACUCUGAAUCAACAGAGAUUCCUUUGGACGAACAGGUGGGGGAGGACGAAGAGGAGGAGGAGGUGGAGGAGGAGGAAGUAACGGAAGAGGGGGAGACUCCCUGCUCACAACCAUGUGUCGUGGAGGAAGAGGUGGAAGAAGAAGAUGAGGACGAGGAGGAGGAGAAAGAGGAAACCCCCCGCACAUAGCAGUUUAUGGACAGCACCCGAUUAACUGUUCUUCUUAGUAAUGACAGAUGAUUAUUUAUAGAAUAUUUUUUUGGUUUUGUGGAGUCCGUCUGUGUUUUUUAUACAUCUGUUUAUGGUUCCAAAGCGUGCGCUGCUCUCCACCUCGACCACUCCUCCUUUUCCGCUUCGUUCAGACACGCCCACCGGUACUUCUUCAAGUUUUUUUGCACUCAGGAAACUCCUCUCCAUUCCCCGUUUGUACUGAUAUGGUGUGUCCUUAUUUCACUUUUUCGCCUUCCCCUUUACAAGUUAAGUACACGGACGAGCAGCUCACAGUCUGCUCAGUGCUGAUCACACGACACACAAUAUCACAUUUUCCUUCCUUCCUUCCUCCGCUUCGUCUCAGCCUUGCCUGAAAGUUUAGCAGUGUUUUCUGUGUUUAUAUCAAGUGCCCAUACUCUACAGAGACGGUCAUCGGUGUGUUCAAGGAGAAUCUCCCUCUCGGUUAGGUCAUUUCCUCCCCUCUGCGAAUUUAUGCUGCCGUUCCGCCGAACACCUGACGGGGCGCCGCAGAGACGAAAGCUGCAGCACACUCGGGAGCGUUUCGAGACACAUUUCUGAUGUGGAAGUCUUCCUUGAAAACCUGACUGAUACAAAGCUCAAAUCUAAACAGCCAUGACGCUGUCCUAGACCUCUUUAAUUUUUGUAUCGUACUGUAUGUAAGAUUCAGAUAUUUUCUAGAAUUUACUUUUGCAAUCCUAGGCUUUCUUUUGUUGGCGAAGAAGAUUUUGGAAAACCAAUGGGGAGAAAUGUGUCACAGAUAUUCAGUGUUUUGAAGGGGUAUCUUCAUGACGUGUUCUGAGGCGUUUGCACUUGCUCCAAUAGCAUUUAUACUACUAUUCCCACGCCACUGUACCCAUAUUUGGUUAGCCCUGUGAGUUGAAAUUUGGAAUUUAUUCAUAACAACUAUUAUUUUAGUGAGAUUUCACUGAGAAGGAAGCAGGAACCUUAUGCUUUACUCUCAUUGAAAUUGUUUGUGAUGUGGAUGAAGCCUUUAAAUUUUUAUUAUUGUUGCCUGCAGUUCUUUUGAACACAUCCUGAGACAAUGCAAUGCUUUGUAGUUGAUACAAAAAGCACCUUUUUUUAGAAGCUUGAUUAGUGUUCAGAGUAUACAGAAAUAGUAACGGUGUUAAAAACUACUGGGGUGAUUUUAUACCAAUGUUAUGAACGCUUUUAUUGUUCUUUCUUUUAUUUUUCAUCACCAACAGCUGCUUGUUUUCAGCCACUUCAUUUUCUGUUAAGCGGUUUGAAUUCAUUUUUUCACGUUUCAUUUUGCCAUCACAUUAAAACCCAGUUGCUGUCUUUGUUUUCGACAAGACAAUCAGCUCCGUUAGCGUUAGUCAUCAGAUAAAACUAUCCUCUAAUGCACUGAUAUAUUCAUAUAUCACCACUUAAAAUAUUUUUAAUAUGUUUUAAACUCGCCAAAACACUCAUGAAUACUUAGGCUCGAACAGUGCUGUCUUACACCUCGGCCUCUUCCUUUUUCCACGUUUAUCAUUUUUCACCUGAUGCUAUUAUUUAUUGGUAUAUUUUUCUAUUUGUUUAGUCUUUUUGCAAUAUAAAGGUGGUACAGUAAAUAUUUAACUGUAGCAUAGACCACAGUACAGGCUUGGCAGUUACAAUACCCAAAUAUACCUUUUUUUUUCUCUCUGUACAUAAAAUAUCGAAAAAAAACAUGUAAAAAAAACACUUGAAAUACUGCACAUUGCUUUUUUUAUAGAGUGCUUGUUUUGUCAUUUCAAAACUUUUUUAUUUAAUCUUUCAUUUUGUGCCAAGAUGUUUUUUUUUCUCUCUUUUUUUCCAUCCUCACCCAAUGCCCUUACCUGUAAUAAAAUUUUCUGGUUUUAUCGCUGUUUACAAACAUAUAUUUAUUGUGCUGUAUAUAAUAUAUAAUUAUUAAUGUUAUUACUAUCAUAAUGCCGUUUGUUGUAAAUGGUUGAUUCUUAUCAUCCCUUUUGGUGAUGGUGUGGCUGUAUUACGUACCUCUUGUUGAGAGAAUGUUUAUUACACACGAGCUUCAGUGUAAAAAUGAUCCAUCGACAUGUUGCUUAUCUGAGGAGUAGCUCAGUGAAGAGAGGGGGAAAGCCAAAUUGUUUUUUAAAAAGAAACUGUUCCUUGGCCCAUGGGCUGUGCCUUAAAUUCAACGCAUGUCAUUUACUUUAGCCUUUUUUUCCUAUUUUAUUUACUAGUUCUCUUUUGCUGCAUUAGUGAAUCUGUUGGCUUGGGUUGGCCUGAUCUCCUGUUGGGAAUUUGAAAAUGUUGCCUUUUUAAUAUCACAAAUUGCUCUAUCACACAAAAAAAAGAAAAAUAUAUUGUGAGUGCAGAAGCUUGCAGGGAUUCAGGUCAACCACAAGCCAUAGAUGUACUACUUGAGUGAUGUGUGGCCUAUAGCCGGAUGUCCAAGAGUCGUAUUUGCUGUAGACCUGGUCUGAGCAACUCGCACCUUCCUCACGCCCCGCCACUACACUCAAAGAUGUGACACAAACCGGUCGGAUGUAAACGAUAUGGGAGUAACUUUACUGUGUCGUCUGCAUCCAUGUGGUUGUAUCACAGCUGCAAACACUGAAUGGGGUUUAGCAGGAGUGUGUAGUUGCUGCUGGACCACGCUCUACGAAGCACAGAGGCUUUGAGACACAUCUGCAUGUUCAGCCACUGCUGCAUUAAUUAUGGCUGAAACACUGACAGUGUGUUGUUUAUCUAUGCUCGGCCCACACUUCCACUCACAUUACUUGCAAUAUCCAAAACCACUGACAUCUUUCUGCCUGGACAGGAGAAGGGUUUAGUAUAUUUCUGGGUCGGGGUGGGUGGGACAGGGGUUUGGGCGAGUGCAUCAUUGUCCCGACACAGGGACUCUUAUUUUGACACACAUACUGUAGAUCCUAAACAGCCCUGGACCAAUGGAAACAGUGGGUUCUUUUCUCAUUAUGUGUUCUAUUUUUUAUGGUAUGAAAGGAAAACACAAACUGUAACUUAAAAAAAGGUCUUCAGGACAAUUAUUUUUUUGGGUUAUGUCUUUAGAAUGCCAACUUGUCUGGAAGUUUCACAGGACAAUUAAAAUGUUAUUUUAAUGGAUUCCUUGUUAAUUGCAGUCUAUUGGAUAGCACUGUAGAUCAUACAACUUUAUGUAAAAAACAAAUAAAAAAGAAUGAAAAAAAAAGUUUUUAUAUGCAAUGGAUUAAAUAAAAGCAUGGGUUGAUUCUGCCUACUCA